CCUUCAGUGAUCCUAUUGUAGUAGAGAUUGGAAUAGUGCUGUUCACAUCAUCUGUUCAUCAAUCAUCAUCUUCUACAUUAACUACAAGAGCUAUGUCUAUCUCAUUUACAUCUACUGGGUAUUGUUCAAUAACUUGUACUUCAGUCUGUACUGCUACUCCUGCAGUUUCAGUGAUUCCAUCAACUAGUGAUGCAUCAGAUAGUGUUAUUGCUCUUAGUGUGUUGGUGGGUAUAUUGUGUGGUCUAUUAACUGUCAGUGUUAUUGUUCAUAUCUACUGCUUUAUAAGAAAGAAAAGUUCAUGCAUCAAUAAGCAAGCAAAAGCUGAUGAUGAUAUUUCAAUGCAAGCAUGUGGACCAUAUGCAAUUCACAAGACUAAACAAAGUGAAGAGAAUGAAGGAGUUUAUGAUGAAUGCCAAACAUCACCUGAUGAUGUUUAUGAGCAUAUGUCACAAUAAAAGGUAUUAGAGCAACUGUUAAAACGUUUUCACUAGUUUAGUGUAGCAAAUAAUUUUUUUACAUAGUUUGUGUGAAAAAGAGAUUACAACUUUAUGAGUGCAUUUAAUAGUCACAAUGUAGA